AUGUCUGAACGUGGCAACGGCAAAUCUAAGCAUCAAAAUGUUGUUGCUAAGAAGAUUACUAAAAACCGAAAGAACAAGACACGCAGCGAGCGUUCGGGACUGAAGUUUCCCGUGGGAAGAAUUCACAGGAUACUGCGACACGGGCUCUAUGCUCGCCGUAUAGGCUCCGGCACUGCGGUCUACCUCACUGCAGUACUGGAAUAUUUGGCCGCCGAAAUGCUGGAGCUGGCUGGUAAAGCUGCAGAAGAAAGUAAAAGGACGAGAAUUAUGCCACGUCACAUACUACUGGCCGUACGAAAUGAUGAUGAGCUAGACAAGAUGCUACAAGGAGUCACAUUUUCCCAGGGUGGCGUGAUGCCCAUCAUCCAUUACCAGCUGCUACCGAAGAAGACUGCAAAGAAAAAUACAACAAAUAACAACACAAAUACUUCUUCCCAGGAAUAUUAA